AUGGAUUCCGCUUCUGGUGAGUCACCUUCAAUGGAAUCAGAGUAUUUGGUGAAACAAGAAUUGGAGGAAUUGCAGAAACAAUUGGGGAAGAAGCAAAAUUUUGAGGCUGCUGUUUCGUCUCUCAAAUCCAUGCUCCAACACAAAUAUCCAUCAGCUUCUCCCUCUCUCAGAAAAUCCUUUUAUUUGGUUAUAUGCCGGGUUGCUACUGUGUUGAAGACAAGGUAUACAGCACCGGGUUUCUGGAAUGCUGGACUGGGCCUUUUUGAGCAGGCUCAGUUGCUUGUUUCUGAACCUUCUGAGAAGGAACACUUGAAGGCUUGCAUUGCCCAGGCAAGGGAACAUUUGCAUCUAGGAGACAACCCAUCACAAGCUUCGCAACUCGUAGAGAAUCAUGCAAACAGAGGAUAUCUUUUUGAGGGGCACCUUACAGUGGAUCAAGAGCCACCACAGCCUCAAUGGUUGGUGGAAUCAAACCUCUUGAGCACAGCUGCUACACUAUUUGCUGCUGAAUCGUCUCAAGGUUCAGCUGCAAAUGAUACAACACCAGAAAAUGCCGCAAAUGUGCUUCAAGAGCUUAUAAAUAGAUUGGAAGAAGUUGUGCCCCUGAUGGAUAUAGAUCCUGUAGCUCCAAAAGCCCCUCCUGCCAGUAAAGAAGUUGUGGCAAAACUUCCAGUCAUCACUCUCACAGACGAAAUCCUGGCUAAUCUGGGGAAAGAUGCAGAGUGUUCAAUUUGCAGAGAAAACUUGGUUUUAAAUGACAAAAUGCAAGAGUUGCCAUGCAAGCACACAUUCCACCCACCAUGUCUAAAGCCAUGGCUGGAUGAGCACAAUUCUUGUCCAAUCUGUCGAUAUGAGCUGCAAACUGAUGAUCGUGCCUAUGAGAGCUGGAAGGAACGCGAAAAGGAAGCCGAAGAAGAGAGGAAAGGUGCCGAAAAUGCCAUUCGAGGUGGUGAAUACAUGUAUGUUUAGACGGCUAUUCAAUGUAUGGUUAAUAAUAAGAUUUGUUCGUGUAAUAUUGGAUUUGAAAUUUUCUUUUGGUGACUAAUUGUGUAUUCAUUAUUAUUUGAAGCUAUAGAUUUA